UGUCGAAGCAUGGCUGCAGACGGAUCACCGCUACCGUUGGUGCUAAUUGUAGUUGUUUAUCUCACGGGAUUAUGCCACGGGUCACUAGAUGUUGUCUCAUCCGGGUUGCAAGAGAGCUUUGCUGAAGCAUUCAUGCCCAACAUCCGCGAAUCGAUCGAUGAUUGUCAUAUGCGUUAUUACAAGUGGGGGGCAGGCCCAGAGCCAAAGCCUGCCUUCGGGAGACCAGCCUAUUUGCGAGAGUUCGCCCACAUGGCCGCAAUUGGAUGGACGACGUCAAACGCGUCCAUCGCGUGGAACUGUGGAGGAUCGCUCAUCUGGGAGAACUACGUCCUCACGGCGGCUCACUGUGUAGAGGACGAUGACAACGUGCCGCCCGAUGUGGUUCGCCUUGGGGAUAUUAAUCUGUACAAUGACACGGACGACCAGUAUGCGCAGCAGCUGAAGAUUGUCGAAAUAGUGCGCCACCCGGAACACCGGUUCAGCACGCGUUAUCACGAUCUGGCGCUGUUGAGGUUGGAGAGGAAUGUUAGACUACAUGAUACGGUGGCGCCCGGCUGUCUGUGGAACGAUGAAGAGAUUCCUUUCCCGUCGAUGGAAGCCACUGGCUGGGGAGCAACAGGAUUCGGUCAAAAGUCCACUCCGAUUCUUCUCAAGGUGUCCCUCGGGUUGGUGAAAAAGACCGAAUGUGAUAGGUUCUAUCGCGUUGGUGACCGAGGAUUGAAGCAGGGCUUACAGGACUAUCAGCUGUGCGCUGGCGAUGUGAAAAUGGACACCUGUCCGGGUGACUCGGGUGGACCGUUGCAAAUGAAACUGCUGCACAACGGCAAGAUGACCCCAUUCGUGGUGGGGGUUACCUCGUUCGGUGGUGUGUGCGGCCAAUCGAUACCCGGAGUGUACAUGAAGGUGGCUCCGUACAUCCCGUGGAUUAGUUCGGAGCUGGCGAAACGUGGAGAGAAUGUACAAGAGUGGAGCUUCAAACCGUACGCCUGUGCAUUGCGAUACGUCCAUUUGCGAGAGUACGAGGACGAUGUGGUUAUGAGUAAAUCGGGCGGUUUUGAAGGGCUCGACUCCAGUAAAGCGCACAUGAACGUCUUUGACUCGAGCCAAACCGUAUCCAUACAUUGGCCACGAUCUGGCAAGGGUCCGAGCAACUGUUAUGGCGUUGUGAUCGACGAGGACACCGUCGUUACGUUGGCUCGGUGCGCGAUUGCGAACAGAACUCAACCCUCACACGUUGUUCACCAGGGAGAAAGGAGAAACGAUGUCGUGCAAGCUCGCUGGCAUCCCGCUUACAGGCCCAACUCUUUCUACAAUGAUAUCGCCAUCUUGAAACUGAAGGACCGUUUAAAGUUUUCCUCUAAGUUUGUACCAGCCUGUAUCUGGAGUGCAAACGAGCUUCCCGAUCCUCAGUUCUACGUCACUGGUCAGGGAAGGAACGAUUUGAACAAGUUUCAUCAACGUUCCACGCCCAUAACGCUGGGUAAGCAACGCACCUACCAUCCAACGAUCGUGGGGUUGUCCCCGAGGGCCAACAUACUGGAGGCGGCCAACUGUUCGAUUCCUGAGGAGUACCUGACGGGUCUAAGUCGCGGCCUAGCGCGGGAACAUCUGUGCUUCGGUAACAAACCAUUCCUCGUACCGGAUUCCUGUGAGAUGCUAUUCGGUGCACCGUUGAGACGUAACAUUUGGCGUUACGGUCGCCAUUUUGAGCAUAUCUACGGGCUAAACUUGCUCGGAAAGGACUGUGGCUUUGGACGGGCUGCACUGGCAACUCGACUUGGCGAGCACUUACAGUGGCUGAAUUCGGUGCUCUUGCCCAAUUAUCGCGACGAUGGAGAAGGCAUUCAUUUCCUGAACGCAGAUCUCAGCGAAUCGGAAUCCUGCGUGGGAACGGAUGGAAUCGCUGGGCUGUGUGUGAACAUAGACCAAUGUCCAAAGAUACGGUACGACAUUCAAUCGAAACGAAAUGUGAACUUUUGUCAUGGUGGCGAGAUAGUGUGCUGUCCAUACGACAAUAUUCGGAACGCAACCAAUCCCGGUGCUCGAGAGUUGGACGAUUGCGAGAAUCGCUACAAACAGUUCCACGAGGAAUAUAAAAUGUAUCAACGGGAUCUAAUUGAGCACUUCUACCAUACGGUAUACUUAGGAUGGGAGGCUAACGGUGAGACGAAAUGGGAUUGCUCCGGUACGCUGAUCACGCGUAAUGUCGUCCUGUCGUCGGCGUACUGUCUCACCAGGGGAGAAGCCCUCCCGACAGUGGCAAACGUGGCGGAAGGGAACCCCAACGCAACCUGGUACCAGCCCCGAGUCGUGCGCAUCAAGGAAGUGAUCAUCCAUCCUGGCUACGAUGCGAAAAGUUUGCAAAACGAUAUCGGGUUGGUGCGUCUGGAGAGAGACGUUGUCCCCACUGCGCGCAAGUACCCGAUCUGUCUGUACCAAAACGAAACGCACACACCGCUUUUGCUGUUCCGCAUGGUCGUAGCUGACGGCGAGUCCGUUUUUGUGGAAAGUUACCCCAAGUAUAACGUGGACUGUCGAGCGGUGCUUCAGGAGCAUGAUGCACGUGAUCUGUUUCCGAACGAACUGUGCACGGACAUCAACGGAAGUCCGAAGGGAGCUAUAUCCGGCGAUCCUCUCGUGUGGUACCGACUAAACACUGCCGAUAACUCGUCGACCCAGUACCUGGUGGGCAUUAUAAGUUCGGGCCUUGCCGACCAGCAGCUAGGAGUGUACGCGAGAAUAUCGUCCUACAUUGGAUGGAUCAAACAGAUGAUAUAGUCCGGGAGUAGCCUUAAAGGCAUUAAGUCGAUCGCUAGAAUUGCUCCUGCAAACAACUCCUUUUUUGAAAAUGUUUAAUGUUAAGU